GUAACGUCAGUUGUUUUAUACUUUUUUGCAUUUUCAUUUUUGCCCUUCGCUUCAUAAAUUUUUUGUGUCUUUUCCAUUUUCAUUCGCGAAGUGAAAUACUAAAUUAUGGGUAAUUCAUAAUCAGUGAGAACAACAAUAAGCAAAUCGGCGAAGAGAAGAUAAGACUCGAAUUUGAUAUAUCCGUUACGAAGGUCGCCGAUAGAAGAGUGGGGAACAAGACAACACAACAGCAACGAGCAAAUCGAAUUAUGAAACCACUUCCGAAUCGACGACACAGCGCCUAGAAUCGUCGAUGAGAAUUUUCAAAAGCUGCUGCGACAGUGUGCGAUCAGUGCGCGCAGUGAUAACAACGCUGAAAAUCGCAACAGCCGCGCAUCAGAGUGCAAACGGUGUUGUGUGCCAGUGCGAGUGAAUACUCUACUCUCUCUUUUCGCUCCGCGCGCUAAUGGACAGUUGAAUAACGACGUCGGACGAUAUACCAACAUGGCCGCUGAUUCGGGAAUGGAAACCUGUCCCUCGCCUGAGGCAGCCGACUCUAGGAAAAGACCGCUCGACGGCGAGGCGGAGAACGGGGACAACAAACGCUCUCACUUCAGCUCAGAUGGAGGGUCAGAUGAGGAUAGGCCAGUGACAGGUGGAGAUGGAACCUUUCAUUUCAAAUUAUUGGUACCUAGUGUUGCCGCCGGUGCCAUCAUUGGCAAAGGCGGCGAAACAAUUGCUCAGCUACAGAAAGAGACUGGGGCACGCGUCAAAAUGUCCAAAUCACACGAUUUUUAUCCAGGCACGACGGAACGAGUAUGCCUAAUCACGGGCAGCGUGGAAGCCAUCAUAAACGUCCUGAAUUUCAUAAUCGAAAAGAUCAGAGAGAAGCCCGACCUGACGAAGGCGGGCGAUACCGAGAGCAAGAUGCACGAGCGUGACAGGCAAGUGAAGAUUCUCGUGCCGAAUUCGACGGCGGGCAUGAUCAUCGGCAAGGCGGGCAACUACAUCAAGCAGAUCAAGGAGUCGAGCGGGUCGUACGUGCAGAUAUCGCAGAAGGCGAAAGACGUCAGCCUGCAGGAGAGGUGCAUCACCGUAAUCGGCGAUAAGGAGCAGAACAAACAGGCCUGUCUCAUGAUAAUAAUUAAUGAAUUACAAUUGAGGAAUACGGGGUACGGCGAUAAUCAAAUAGUUGAGAUAUGUGCUGCAUUGUCAGUUUUGGCGAAAUAUGGAAUCAUUUCAGUAGGCUUAGGCAUAGGCAGUACCCAUCCAGGUGCUCUGCCUGUUUCGAAUUAUCUCAGCGUGAUGGACCAGACGGGCGCGACAAAUGCGAGUACAGGUGUUUUCGGGGCCAUUGGGCAAGUUAGUUUGGGGGAAUGUUUAGGUGCGAAUUCUGCCACCCCCAGGACAAAUCUCGAGAGGUACGAUUCUGCAUUCGAUCCGUUCAGGCACCAAAUGUCUGCUGCGACGGCCCCCAUUUCUUUGAACAACAACAGUUUCGGUUUGGGUACGGGACAACAGAUGGCUGUGCUUAGUAAAAGUCCCACUCCCGCAGAACUGGGCAGCAGCAAAGACACCAAAAACGUCGAAAUAGCCGAGGUUAUAGUCGGUGCAAUUUUAGGUCCAGGUGGGCGUUCACUUGUUGAAAUCCAGCAGAUAAGCGGUGCCAACAUCCAAAUAUCAAAAAAGGGUAUUUUCGCUCCCGGCACCCGUAACCGCAUCGUAACCAUCACGGGCAACCCACAAGCCAUCACGACUGCGCAUUACCUAAUCGAGCAACGCAUCAGCGAGGAAGAGAUGAAAAGAGCCCGGAACAACGGCCUUGGCACUCUGGCGAUGCAGUGAUUGACCACGACGAAAAAAUCGCGAACCUAACCUCAAAAAAUCAAGUACAUGUUGGAUUGGAUUCUAUAAUUCUUACCCAGAGGGGUUGUAUUUAUGGCGCAAUCCUAAAAGUGGGAUGAAAUUUUAUCAGUAACCUUCGUGGAGAUGUGUUUUUCUAAAUUGCUUAGAGAAUGUAGGCAUUUUUGUGACUUGCUGUGCAUUCAGUGUCUUUAUGUUAAAGCUGUAAAGGAUCGGAAUCUUCUUUGCUACGUUUCUAAUCAGUGGAAACAUUCAUUUCAUUUCGGAUACAAUGUCGUGUAUAUUUGAGGUUGCAUACUUUUAUUAUUGUUGUUGUUACAGAAUACUGGUGGAAACGGUAGGAUCGAGAAGAUUCCUUUUAUCUGUGUUGUUUAUUUUUGUUGAGAACUGUACCCUGUACAGUAUAAUAUUGUUUUUUAUAGUCAUUUGUCUUGUGAUUGUGAAAUACAAAUUAUUGUUUUUUAAAUCAUAGUUUUGGGUGUUUUAGGUAUAAGGGUAAAUUUUAUUGAUUUUUUUUUGUUAUUGGCUAAGAAGGACCAAUCCGAGUGAAUUGUAUUUCGAAGGCUAACAAAAGAGAUUUAUUUUUGUUGGAUUUUAUCGAAAACUUAUAAACGUAUGUUUUCGGAUGAGUUGUUACGGAGCGAUCUGAUUUUUAAGGUUAGAUUUAGGAAUUCUAAAUCGAAAUUGUGAUGAAACCAUUCAUUGUCACUUCCGGUGUCUGUACCGAUCAUAUAUUACCCAUUGUUCAUUUCGCCUAGGAAUUUUAUAUAGGUCAAUUCAUUUUUAUCACUCGAGCUGUUGAUUUUAACAUUCAGUCAUAUUACUAAUCGUAGCCUAUUUAAGAGCAAUUUUAUUCUUGUAUAUUUAGUGAUUAUUUUUAGUCGCAGCAAUCUGGAGAGGUGUAUAUUUUUUGGUGAUUAUUUUUUCAGUAUGUUUACGUGAUACAGCAGAAAAACUACCAUGGAAAAUUUUACAAAAUGAAGCCGAAAAUAAAGACUCGGUAUCGAAGAAAGUCCAUGUUAAUUAUUACGGUUGUAAUAGAAUUCAAAUUGAAUGGACAAGAGAAGGAGUUGUAUAUUCAUUUCCUUUUACAAAGUGAGCCGAUUUAAAAAAAAUACUGGAAUAUCAAGUAGGGCAGUUUUUUUGACGAAAAGUAGAGAAUAAUAAAGGGCUACAACUAGUUCAUGCCUAACUAUGCAUGUGAUCAAAGUGGUCCCACGUUGGGCGCCAUAUUUUACAUUGAGUACUGUUUACAUUUGUCUUUCCUGAGACCCUGAGACAUCACAUGAAAAAAUUGAAAUAUUCAGUUGAUUGUGAAUCACAAUGAAAUCUAAGAGAAGAUAAAUGAAUCAACUCUUGGAAAAUACUAGGACCAAAUACAGUGAAAAUGUGUUGAUGUUCAAAUUAGUAGAAAAUAUACAAUAUAUAGGUUUGAUGAAAGUAUUCUCACAUAGGUAAUGAAUGAUAGUUUUUUAAAAUUCUGAUAUACAGUUGAGAUCACUAUCACUUGGUUUGAGUUUGGUUGAGUUUAUUGGUUCAAAUUUUUUUCUUUUCAUAAGUUGGUCGGAAGUUAUCGGUCAGAAUUCAUGCAAGACUGAUUGGUGGUUUCAGAUUAUUUGACAAAAUAAAACAGUCAACACCAUCACAAAGUCAGUGUGUUUCACAUAUAACUUUAUCUGCGGGAGAUUUUGCAGGACUCGACAUUAUAUUAGUGUUAUCACUCGUUGAAUUCAAAUAUCAAUAUUUCCAGAACUUUGUCUUGAAAUAAAUAAUCUAUUAUUCUUGUUCGGUCGGUAGCCGGGCGGUUCGACGUGGGUACUUUGUUCACUCAGUCAAUCGACUCGCACAUCGGCCGAUUGAUAGCUGGUUAACGGAAAAAAACAUUUAAAACAUAUAUUUUUUUAAUAAUUCCUUCAAUUUGUAUAUUUCAGUACUUUCGAAUUUAUUAUGAUUGUUGUAUUUAGGAAAAAAGAAUCCUGUUGUUAAAAUGACUGGUUUAAAAAAAAUCUAGACAUUCCUCUACUCAUUAAAUUUGACAAUUUCAUGGUGGUUUUCUCUUUCUCAGGUUGAUUUCAAAGAUUGCUGAAUUUACGUUAGAUUUUUAACACAACUAGAUAAUUUGUGAUUGGUAAUUAUCUGAGAAGGUAAAUAUAUCGACUUGAUUCAGGUGAGAAUUGGAGUGGACCAACCCAAAUUUAGCAGGAAGGAUUACAUAUAGAUGCCUUUCGGAGUGACCAGUGCCCCUGCAGCACUGAUUUAUUCAUAGGCGAUAAAUUUACCUUCUCGUUUGUUGAAUUUUCCGAAUUGUGUACCUGCGACAAACCUCAAGAUAUAUGUAUAUUUGAAGAUUUAUAUUUGGCGGGCCAAAUAUUGAGAGAAAUGAUAAAGAAAGAGUCUAUAAGUAUGUUACCAAUCAUGAAGCUUUAUUUUAGGGGACAACAAAUGGGCAUGACAUAAUGUAUAUAGUCAUAGCAGAUUAGUCAUCUAUUUCACUUCUAACACUGUUACAUCCUUCUCAUUCUAGAUCUUUAUUAUAUAUAAUAUGAAAUAUGCAGAGGUAAAUGUGACUCAAAUCAUAUAUUGUUGUUAUAGCAUGUUGUUAAUAUUGUUAAUGUUUGGACACAUUUCACCGAAAACGUUUUAACUGAGCUGUGAAGCGAUCGAUUCUCAGAAACUGAUGUGCACUAUUUUUCUUCCGAAUGUUUUGUCCCUCGAAAAUUCAGAAGCAAUGAUCUGCAAGUUUACAGAAGUAUCCGCGGGUUGUUAGUAGACGGAAAUAAUUUGAAGAUUGCCUGUUCCCGUAAUUUAAGUAACCACGCUCAGAAACGCUCAUAAAAGUUUUGACUUUCCGUAAAUUUCCGGAUUCAUUACUUCUGUGGUUGUUUUGUUGAAGUGUCGAUUGUUGAUAACGGCAAGUUGAAAAAUUUAGGUGAUGUAUACACAAUUCAUAGUUUAAUUGUCUAAAUGUUUGUGAUCGCCAUAUAUUCAUGAGAAAUCUAUAUUGAAAUAUUACUUGUAAUCACUAACGUAUUUUAUGGAAACAAGUCCUAAGAGAAAGUUAUGAUAUUUAAUGUUGAAUAUAUUUCUAUAUUUAGGAAUUAUGUUUUACACAUCAAAAAGGAUCUGACUGCUUUUUCUGGGGUAGUUGAAAUCGCGAUGUCGAUGAAAAGCAGAUAGAUCCCUCCACAUUUCAUGAAUUGAAAAAUACUGUUGCUGUGAUAAUCACAUCUGUUAAGUCGUCCUGUCACAUUUGAUCCAUGAAUUACUUACGUUGGGUAAGGGUUUGGUUUUACCAAGAAAAUUUCUCCUUGUAGAUUUAUUCGAGAAAAGUACAUUCGUUGUGGUAUACGUGUUUGAAAUGAGCCUAUUUCAUUGAAUUGUUUGUUGAUGAAGAUGAUACUGAAUCAGGUACGAAAUAGCGGAUAAUAAUAAACAUAAAGGAAGUGCCCCACGUUGGGCGCCAUAAUGCGAUGAGAAACCACAUCGAAAUCUCAAAAAAGCCGUAGGAUAUAUUCGUCAUAUGAUGGAUUUCAUUUUUCAAUCUAUGAUGUACUCUAAUUAAUGAAUACACUCUUUUUCGUUGAUUUAAUAACGGGUAUUUCCCAUUAUUUCAACUUGAAAUUAUAAGAUGAAGUUUAUGAUUUUGUUAAAGUUUGUAGCUUUGCCAUGGAUAAACAUCAAUUAAAUUGAAUAAACAUAAUGUUAACUGGUAAUUCAAAAUAAAAUAAACUGCUGAAAUUAUUUGAAAUGUGUCAUUAGGCAAAAUUUGAAGACUGAGAGUUAUAUGAAUUUAAUCAUUAUAUACUAGGUAUUUCUAUUCAAAACAUUGAUUUUCAUUGUUUCGAAAAUUGUAAAUUGGUAAAUGGAAAUCAGUUAUGAGGGUUAAUCUUUGAUAAUUAAUUCGAAACAUUUAUCAUGUUGAAUAUUGUAAGUUGAAAUUUUUUUCUCAAUUGUGAAUAGUUUGAUAUUGUUGACAAUUAUCGUAGAGAUGAGUAUUGAUUUCAAGGUGAAUUCAAUGAUAAUAAAUAAAUGGGUAUUACUUCCCAUAUAAAUAUUUGUCAACUAAUAAAUAAAUCCCUUAGUUUGUCUUCUUGAUUCAGUGUCAUAACUCAUUCAUUUUUAUACAAAAUUUUUGUUGCUUUCCAAACCAUACAUAUGGUGAAAAAACUUGAAAAAAAAAUUGAAACGCUUUUGACAAUAUGUUGUGUGUAUAGAAAUAUCCACAACCAAAAUUCUGAGGUAUGAUUCAAUUUUUUAUUCUAAUUUGAAGAUUGAACUUAUAUAGUAUUUUUCAACCCAAACUGCAUGAAAUAAGAACAUUAUGAUGAAAAAAAUACUUCAAUACAGCGUAUUUCAUCGUUUACUUUUCCUGGUGAAAUGUAAGAAUUGGAAAGCGAUAAAGAUAUUGAUAUUGAUCCCGUUUGAAUAUUUUUUGUUGCAAAUAUUUCAUUUAGUUACGAUAUUAUGUUGUUUCCAUCUCCAUUAAACACUUUUUAUUUGGUUUCAAGAGAACAUGGAUAUCACUUGUACAAAGAAGAAGAGUCGAUGUUAAAUAAUUUUAAACUAAUAUAAAAGGCCUAUAUCUAUACAUUUUUGCCUGGUAAUAUAUUUGAUUGUUGAAUGUUGGGCCAAACAAAGGCCAUCUUUGUGGUUGUAUCUGAGCGAAAAGAGAUUUGAUGAUUCAUCUAUUGAAUAUUCAGAUGAACGAUCUCAUAUAUAGGUUUGGACAAGCAUUUUGGGAAUAUCAUAUUCUAGUACAAGCAAGAAAAUUUAAGCUUUGAGAAAUUCCUACCACUCCUUGAGAAGAGUUGUUUCUUCGUGAAAUAUCAAAAUUGUUGUUUUAAAUAAUAUGGACUGUAUUUUUUGAACACUUUCUUUUUGAUUAACUUUUGUUAUAUUUUUUCAUCAGUUUUACUAGGAAAUUAAGAUACUGAAAGAUGAUUCCUCGACUAAUUUUGCAUGAAAGAUGGUGCUUGUUCUUUUCAAUUUUUUGUAAAAGGAGAAUAAUUUUUUCAAAUAUGAUUUUCACAAUUAAAGGUUUAUGAAACAUGUUAUCUACAAAUGUGUCGUAAGUAGUUCCCUCAACUAGAAACUACUUAAAUAACUGUUUGUCGUGGAAUGUCACUCCAUGUAGAAAAAUUGCAAAACGGAAACUUUGAACUUUGAUAUUAACAUAUCUAUGGUAAAAAAAAUCCAAUGUUUGUCCAGUUCUAUAUAUUAGAAUCGAAUAUGAAAGUUACCAGUUUUUGCACAUUUCGAUUCACCUUCAGUUGAUUUAUUUUUCUUACUGGACUAUUCAAAUUCAAUCCCUACCACAUUAACUUGGACAACUCUCGAGAAUCGAGAGUUUCGUUUUUUUCAAUUUCCAUGUGUUUUCUCAUAUAACAAAACGUUAAAAAUUACAAAACAGGAAAAUCAUUGUUUUUAAUGCCACCUGAGAAUGUUUUCAAUUUUAGUUGAUGUAUUAAUGAACUUUCCCAAAAAACGUUUCUUUUCGAAAGUAUCCAGAGUGGUAGUUUGAUUUGAAUCUUCCAGAAUUUUAAAGUUUUAAACAGUUUCGCUUUUGGAACUAUGUGGUGUAUUUGUGUCAAUUUGUUUUUCGUAAGUGGUUUAUUUCAGACUUGCACACGUUUUAACAUACCAUAUUUAGCAGAAUGGAAUCAGAUUUCCUCGUGAGUUUUUUCGUUUAGUAGCGAUUAAGUCUGAGAAAAUUUUGAAACCUUUGUGGGGUAGUUAUUUUUCUAUUAUUUAAUCAUCUUUAUUUGAGAGUUGAAGGAGUAGACAGUUCGGUAUAUAAUUGUUAUAAACACAUUAAAUUUCAAUAAAUUCAUAGUGCCAUU